AUGCCGAAGAACAGCAAGGUGACCCAGCGCGAGCACAGUAGUGAGCAUGUCACGGAGUCGGUGGCCGACCUGCUGGCCCUUGAGGAGCCUGUGGAUUAUAAGCAGAGCAUCCUGAAUGUGGCCGGAGAAGCAGGCGGCAAGCAGAAGGUGGCGGAGGGGGAGCUGGAUGUGGAGGACCGGCCGGCCUGGAACAGCAAGCUGCAGUACAUCCUGGCCCAGAUCGGCUUCUCUGUGGGCCUUGGCAACAUCUGGAGGUUCCCCUACCUGUGCCAGAAAAAUGGAGGAGGUGCCUACCUGGUGCCCUACCUGGUGCUGCUGAUCAUCAUUGGGAUCCCGCUCUUCUUCCUGGAGCUGGCUGUGGGCCAGAGGAUCCGCCGCGGCAGCAUCGGCGUGUGGCACUAUGUGUGCCCCCGCCUGGGCGGCAUCGGCUUCUCCAGCUGCAUAGUCUGCCUCUUUGUUGGGCUGUACUAUAAUGUGAUCAUCGGGUGGAGCAUCUUCUAUUUCUUCAAGUCUUUCCAGUACCCGCUGCCCUGGAGUGAGUGCCCUGUCGCCAGGAAUGGGACCGUGGCAGUGGUGGAGCCAGAGUGUGAGAAGAGCUCGGCCACUACCUACUUCUGGUACCGAGAGGCAUUGGACAUCUCCAACUCCAUCUCAGAGAGUGGGGGCCUCAACUGGAAGAUGACCCUGUGUCUCCUCGUGGCCUGGAGCAUCGUGGGCAUGGCCGUCGUCAAGGGCAUCCAGUCCUCGGGGAAGGUGAUGUAUUUCAGCUCCCUCUUUCCCUACGUGGUGCUGGCCUGCUUCCUGGUCCGGGGGCUGCUGCUGCGGGGGGCCGUCGACGGCAUCCUACACAUGUUCACUCCCAAGCUGGACAAGAUGCUGGACCCCCAGGUGUGGCGGGAGGCAGCCACACAGGUCUUCUUUGCCCUGGGGCUGGGCUUUGGGGGUGUCAUCGCCUUCUCCAGCUACAACAAACAGGACAACAACUGCCACUUCGACGCCGCCCUGGUGUCCUUCAUCAACUUCUUCACCUCGGUGCUGGCCACCCUCGUGGUGUUCGCUGUGCUGGGCUUCAAGGCCAACAUCAUGAAUGAGAAGUGUGUGGUCGAGAAUGCCGAGAAGAUCCUGGGGUACCUCAACACCGACGUCCUGAGCCGGGCCCUCAUCCCUCCUCACGUCAACUUCUCUCACCUGACCACUAAGGACUACGCAGAGAUGUACAAGGUCAUCAAGACCGUGAAGGAGGACCAUUUCUCAGCCCUGGGCCUUGAUCCCUGCCUUCUGGAGGAUGAGCUGGACAAGUCCGUGCAGGGCACAGGCCUGGCCUUCAUCGCCUUCACCGAGGCCAUGACGCACUUCCCCGCCUCGCCGUUCUGGUCCGUCAUGUUCUUCCUGAUGCUCAUCAACCUGGGCCUGGGCAGUAUGAUCGGGACCAUGGCGGGCAUCACCACGCCCAUCAUCGACACCUUCAAGGUGCCCAAGGAGAUGUUCACAGUGGGCUGCUGUGUCUUUGCCUUCUUCGUGGGGCUGUUGUUCGUCCAGCGCUCCGGAAACUACUUUGUCACCAUGUUUGAUGACUACUCGGCCACCCUGCCGCUCACCGUCAUCGUCAUCCUUGAGAACGUCGCUGUGGCCUGGAUCUAUGGAACCAAGAAGUUCAUGCAGGAGCUGACGGAGAUGCUGGGCUUCCGGCCCUACCGCUUCUAUUUCUACAUGUGGAAGUUCGUGUCUCCACUGUGCAUGGCUGUGCUCACCACGGCCAGCAUCAUCCAGCUGGGGGUCACGCCCCCGGGCUACAGCGCCUGGAUCAAGGAGGAGGCUGCCGAGCGCUACCUGUAUUUCCCUAACUGGGCCAUGGCUCUCCUGAUCACGCUCAUCGUCGUGGCUGUCCUGCCCAUCCCUGUGGUGUUCGUUCUGCGGCACUUCCACCUGCUCUCCGACGGCUCCAACACCCUCUCUGUGUCCUACAAGAAGGGCCGCAUGAUGAAGGACAUCUCCAACCUGGAGGAGAACGAUGAGACCCGCUUCAUCCUCAGCAAGGUGCCCAGCGAGGCGCCCUCCCCCAUGCCCACUCACCGCUCCUACCUGGGGCCCGGCAGCACAUCGCCCCUGGAGACCAGUGGCAACCCCAACGGACGCUAUGGGAGUGGCUACCUCCUGGCCAGCACCCCUGAGUCGGAGCUGUGA